AUGCGGGUUCAAUCUCUUUUCCGAGCGCAAUCGCUCGCCACGAACGGCUUGCGCUGUUCCGCACGAUCGGCCACCCGAACGGGCUCAAGAUGCGCCCUCUCCACCGUUGCGGCGACCCGCACAGCCUACACCCAGGGAUUGAAGACGGACACAUGGAUCAGCAACCAGACGUCGAAUGGGCAGCGGAGAUGGGCCUCUGUGGCUGCACAAGUAUUGGAGCAGGCAAAGGCAGACCCCUCUACCUUGACCCAGGAGAAGAUUGUCGAGAACCUAGACCCCGUUGAGUGGGAGCGUUUGUCACGAGUACGCAACAUUGGUAUUGCCGCGCACAUUGACUCUGGCAAAACGACCGCCACCGAGCGUGUGCUCUUCUACACCGGCCGAAUCAACAACAUCCACGAGGUGCGAGGCAAAGAUGCGGUUGGCGCAAAGAUGGACUCUAUGGAUCUCGAGCGUGAAAAGGGAAUCACCAUUCAGUCUGCCGCCACCUUCUGCGACUGGACCAAGAAGAAUGAAAAGGGCGAGGAGGAGAAGUACCACAUCAACUUGAUCGACACCCCUGGACAUAUUGACUUUACCAUUGAGGUUGAGAGGGCGCUGCGAGUGCUCGACGGUGCUGUCAUGAUCUUGUGCGCUGUCAGUGGUGUGCAAUCGCAGACCAUCACAGUCGACCGGCAGAUGCGGAGAUAUAACAUCCCCAGAAUUUCCUUUGUCAACAAGAUGGAUCGCAUGGGCGCAAACCCUUGGAAGGCUGUCGAGCAAAUCAACCAGAAAUUGCGUAUACCUGCGGCCGCUCUCCAGGUGCCCAUUGGACGCGAGGAUGGCUUCUUGGGCGUGGUUGAUCUCAUUAGGAUGAAGGCCAUCUACAACGAGGGCGCCAAGGGAGAGAUCAUCCGGGAGACGGAUGAGAUCCCAGAGGACAUUGUCGAGUUGUGCAAGGAGAAGAGGCAGAAGCUCAUCGAGACGCUGGCGGAUGUGGACGAUGAGAUUGCGGAACUCUUCUUGGACGAGCAGGAACCCGGCAUCGCGCAGAUCAAGGCCGCCAUUCGCCGCGCUACCAUUGCACUCAAGUUCACACCGGUCAUGAUGGGCUCCGCACUUGCGGACAAGUCUGUCCAACCGAUGCUCGACGCCGUCUGCGAUUACUUGCCCAACCCCUCCGAAGUCGAAAACAUGGCGCUGGACAAGAAGCGGAACGAAGCACCAGUCAAGCUUGUGUCGUACAACUCUCUGCCCUUUGUCGGCUUGGCGUUUAAGCUGGAAGAGAGCAGUUUUGGGCAACUGACGUACAUUCGUGUGUACCAGGGCACCCUCAAGAAGGGCAUGAACGUGUUUAAUGCGCGGUCAGACAAGAGGGUCAGGAUCCCCAAGAUUGUGCGCAUGCAUUCGAACGACAUGGAGGAGGUGCCGGAGAUUGGUGCCGGAGAAAUCUGCGCCACAUCCAUGUUUGUCCCCGAACCUGUCAUCUCCCUCUCCAUCAAGCCCAAGCACACCAAAGACACGCCCAACUUCUCCAAAGCUAUGAACCGGUUCACGCGCGAAGACCCGACCUUCCGCGUCCACGUCGAUGCCGAGUCGCAGGAGACCGUCAUCAGCGGCAUGGGCGAACUCCACCUGGACAUUUAUGUCGAGCGCAUGCGCCGUGAAUACCGCGUCGAAUGCGAAACCGGCCAACCCCAAGUCGCCUACCGCGAAACCAUGACGCAGCGCGUCAACUUUGAUCACACCCUCAAGAAGCAAUCCGGCGGCUCUGGAGACUACGCCCGCGUCGUCGGCUGGAUGGAGCCAUGCGAGAGCCUGUCGGAGAACAAGUUUGAGCAGCAAAUCUCUGGAGGGACGAUUAGCGAGAAAUUCCUGUUUGCGUGUGAAAAGGGGUUCAACGCCUCGACGGCAAAGGGACCCCUCCUCGGCCACAAAGUCCUAGGCACCUCCAUGGUCAUCAACGACGGUGCCACCCACGCCGUCGACUCUUCGGAAAUGGCGUUCAAAAUGGCAACCCAACAGGCCUUUCGCAAGGCCUUCAUCGCCGGUUCCCCCCAGGUCCUCGAACCACUCAUGAAGACGACAAUCACGGCGCCCAAUGAGUUUCAGGGCGGUGUCGUCGGUCUCCUGAAUAAACGCAAUGCAGUCAUUAAUGAUACCGAGAUUGGACCCGAGGACUUUACGGUGUAUGCGGAUUGCAGCCUCAAUAGCAUGUUUGGCUUUAGUAGCCAGUUGCGGGCGAGUACGCAGGGCAAGGGCGAGUUUAGCAUGGAGUUUAGCCAUUAUAGUCCGGCGCCGCCGCAGUUGCAGCGCGAGUUGGUGGCGAAGUAUGAGAAGGAGCAGGCGGCGAGGAAUGCGUAG